AUGGUCGCCAAGGCACGGUGCCCCCCAGCCAACCUCUUGCAGAGGCAUCCGUUCCAGCCCCAAACCCCGGUCGCGAUCCAGGCGAAGAUGCUCAGACUCCUCCAAGAGUGCCCGAAGCAGCACCGCCACCAGCCGCUGGAGCGCCGCCCCUUGCCCAAGAACGGGCCAGGCUGGCCGCUCGGGGCGGGCGCUAUGCCGUCGCUUGGGGGCGGGGCGCCCUUCUCCAGCCCCCCCCCCCGCCGCCGCCUCUUUCGGAGCAGCCGGAACGACGCCAGGCCGCGAGGGGGGGGGUGCGUCUCCUCCCCCCCCCCCCCGGCCAGGCCCUCCUCGGCCCACCUCACCUUUCCGUCGCGAAGGACACGCGGCGCCCCGCCGUCCCAGGCCCAGGCAGGCACUUCCCCCCCCCCCCCGCGUCGAGGAGGCGCGUUCGGAGGACGGGAGGCUCCUCCGAGCGCGGCUGGAGACCAGGCCCGCCGCCGCCCGCGUCCUGCCAGCAGCCAGCCAGCCAGUCCCUGGCCUGGGGCCGCAGCUCAGGCGAGCUACGAGGCGCCCCGAGGCCCGCUGCCUGCCUGCCUGCCUGCCUGCCUGCCUGCCUGCGCGCAGAUGCGGGCAGGGGCUGGGCGACCGCGCCUGGCCCGGCAGGCCUGCCAGUGGCUCCAGGGCCGGGGCAGCAGGCAGAGCGCGGGCGGGGGCCCGGCAGGCCCUGGGCCCGGCCGCGGCUGCAACGCUGUAAGGCGGCGAUCGCGGACCGGCCUCUCCCGCCCGGGGGAUCCAGCGCCACAGAAGCAGUCCUCUCCAGGCGCCCCCGGGAGGGUGGCGACCUUCCCUCUGGCCAGCCAGGCCUACCUCGCAGGGCUGCUGGGAAGGCGGAGCGAAUCCCCGCCCCACGAGGGGCCCCCGCACGGAGCCCGCGCCCAGCCUCGAGGGGACGUGGGCAGCAGGGGCGGCCCCGCGCACGCCCUUGGCCCGGAUCGCCCGCCAGGCCUCGCCUCCGCCGCACUCACCGCAGGAAGGCCGCGCCGGCGAGGCUCCCCCCUUCCCGGCAGGCCGGUCCCAGCUGCGGCCGCUUCGCCCUCGCCCUCGCCGGUGCGCUCCGGUCCGCCGGGCCUGGCCUGGCCUGGCCUCGCGCCGCCCUCCAGUCAGCGGCCGACGACGCCCCGCCCUGCCCCGCCUCGCCCCUCCGCCCGUCCCGCGGCGCUGACUGGGCCGGAGCAGCCGCCGGAGGGCCUGGGCAGCCGGCCCGCCCCCGCGCCCGCCUCCUCCGCAGCGCCGCCGCCUCCGCCUGGCCAGGGCGGGCCUCGGCUCUUGCGGGGCCUCCGGGCCCUUCCCCGCCGGCGCGGCCUGCGGCGGGCAGAGGCGAGGCGAGGCCAGGCGGCCGCCGGAACGGGCUUUCCCGGGCGCGGGGAAGAGGCCGGCUGGUCGGCGGCGGAAGGCGGGCAGGGGGCGCCUGGGGCGAAGGCCGCCUCUCCUCCGGGGGGCCGGGCCCCACUUUUCUCCGGGCUUCGACCCACGCCGGCCUCGGGGAGGGUCUCUCAAAGGACCUGCGGAACUCGCUGCCGGAGGACGGGGCGGAAACCCCCUGUGAGAUUGGUGCCUCGGGACAUUACAGGCCUUCGGUGGGAGAGGAGGGGAAUAAUGAGAGACUUUCUCCCUUACGCUCUUUGCAGGCAUAAGCAACAUCAUCGCAAAGACCCCACUUUCCCUGUGAAUGUGACUGGCUGA